AUGGGGUCCUCGGGAUCUCUUGACCCCGAUGAGCUCACGGUGGUUGUCACUGGCUUUGGGCCCUUCAGAGAGGAAUACCCCGUAAAUCCAGCAUGGGAGAUCACGCGUCUCCUCCCAGACUACCUCCCGCCGCCGCCGGGCAAAACGGCCAUGCAGCACCGGAGGUCCGACGAUGACGCCCCGACGCUCCCGCCGGUGCGGAUCCAAAAGUACCCAUCGCCCAUCCGCGUUAACUACCAGACGGUCCGCGAGCUGGUCCCGACGCUCUGGGGCGACAAGCCCGGGGAUCAGCCAGCAGCGGCGGCGGAGCAGCAGGCAGGAGGCACGCCAAAGAUCGAUCUGAUGAUCCACAUCGGCAUGGCCGGCCCCCGUCGCUACCAUUCCAUUGAGCGCCGUGGCCACCGCGAUGGAUACCGUGGCUUGGACGUCGAUGGCUUGCCGUUGGCGGACGAGGAGCGCCACGCCCGCGAAGGCGACAAGUGGAUCUGGCAUGGGCUGCCUAAUGAGAUCGAGACUGAUCUGUUGCUGGAUGAUGUGCUGGACCGGUGGAAGGGUUAUGUGCCUUGGGACGCCGACGUACGAAUAUCAGAGGACGCCGGCCGCUACCUCUGCGACUUCAUCUACUACAGCUCGCUGGCACACCUAUACCGCAAGGGCGACCACAGGCGGGUCGUGUUCCUGCACGUGCCCGUCGACGUGACGGACGAGGCGCUGCGCAAGGGCGUCGACCUGACGUUGCAGCUGAUCAGGUCCGCGCUCGAGAGCGAGAGGAGCAGCCUCGCGGCUGAGAGGAGGGAAAAGAGGGCCAGGAAGAAGGAAGACGACGAGAGGCUGCGCGCGCUGCACGACCAGCAGCUGCGCGCCCAGUGGCAGCGGGACCAGGAGCUCAGGGAGCAGAGGCAGCGGGAGCGGGAUGCGGCGCAGAAGCAGGCCAUGGAAGGAGGGGAUGGCGCCAAGGAUCAGCUUUGGUAUGUUGAUCAGCCCGAGAAUGAGGGGGCGAAGCAAUGA